GAAGAUCCUACAUCCAUGGUGCUAUCAUCCCACAUGCCAUUCCCCAUUCGCCUCAUAGAAUUCAUCAAUACAUGCAUGCAUCUACAUUUUUUUCUAGCUUUCUUUAUCCAACGAUCAUGCAAUGCUUGAUCGCAUGUCUCUGAUUCUUGAUGCUAAUACAAUAAUCUAUCAAUCGUUCAUACUCCAUGUCAUAGGGGUCGCCGGCCUUGGGAUCCUUUAGAGAGCCCGUCAAUCAUAGCGACAUUGGCUCUAAGCUCCUUGCAGGUGAUGUUGAAUCCGAUGAUGGGGAGAUCAUCAGGAGAAGGAGGAGGAGGAGGAGGCGACAAUGUGUUAAUCGAUGACAAUGUCCUCGACUCAUUGCCAUUGCCACCUCUUCCCAUGCGGCCGACCCCACGAUGCCGACGACAUUCAUCGCGGCCACAAAGGCAUGUCAUUGUCGAAUUCUCAGGGCCAUGGACACUGCAACCGUGGUCAUCAUCACAUCUCAAGGAGGAAGAAGAAGCAAAGGACAAAACAACAACGUUGGUUGAGGAGCUUGAGGGGAAGGCGGCCAUGGCAGAGGCGAGAUUGAGGCAAAAAGAGGAGGAGAAUGCUGAACUGAAACGGAAGUUUGAGGGUUACCAUGUUAGGUGGCUGCAACACGAGAUUAGGCUCAGCUCUCUCAAGGAAACCAUUGAUGAACAAAUGAUUUCUCUACAGGUGGCUCAAGAAUGUGUAGAAAAGAGAUCACGUGAAAUGUUAUCACUAUAUGACCGCCAAGAAUCCUCGGAAUCCUACGUGAAGAUGUCUAAGGAAACAUCGGCGAGGUUGGCGCACAGCUCUCGCCAUUAUGCGGGCAUUGCUCGUGGUACAUGCACGGAGUUCCGACAACAGAGCCAAGCACUCGUGGAGUCAAGGGAGCCAUGGCAGCCAAGCACUCAAGGUGGGAAUUCCAUUGAUGACCUCGAGAAGCUCAAGUCAAAUUUUUGCAUGUGGAAGAAGGAUUACAAAGCUCGACUACGGAAAGCCAUGGCCGCUGAGCUAGAUUUAGAGGGAAGACAUCGAAGCAUAUGCUGGAUUUAACCACAUAACGUAUAAUCAUAUAUAUGUGUGUGCUAUUGUUUCUUGUAGUGAUAAAAACUAGUGUGGUUUUACA